AUGCUUUUCAUUUCUCUAUCCUUUUCUUAUUUUCUUCUUUUCCCUUUUCAUUUUAAUUUUCUUUCUUUCUUUAUCGUUACAUACAUUUUCUUUCCCUUUUCACUUUCUUUCUUUCUUUCUUUCUUUCUUUCUUUCUUUCUUCCUUUCUUUCUUUCUUUCUUUGGCUUUACCCUUUUCUCUCACUUUUCACUUUUCUUUUCUUUCUUUCUUUCUUUCGCUUUACCCUUUUCUCUUUCUUUCUUUCUUUCUUUCUUUCUUUCUUUCGCUUUACCCUUUUCUCUCACUUUUCACUUUUCUUUUCUUUUCUUUCUUUCUUUCUUUCUUUCUUUCUUUCUUUCUUUCUUUCUUUCUUUCUUUCUUUCGCUUUACCCUUUUCUCUUUCUUUCUUUCUUUCUUUCUUUCUUUCUUUGGCUUUACCAUUUUCUUUCACUUUUCACUUUUCUUUUCUUUCUUUCUUUCUUUCUUUCUUUCUUUCUUUCUUUCUUUCUUUCUUUCUUUGGCUUUAUCCUUUUCUCUCACUUUUCACUUUUAUUUUCUUUCUUUGGCUUUAUCCUUUUCUCUCACUUUCCUCACUUUCAUUUUCUUUCUUUCUUUCUUUCUUUCUUUCUUUCUUUCUUUCUUUCUUUCUUUCUUUCUUCCAUUCUUUCUUUCUUUCUUUCUUUCUUUCUUUGGCUUUACCAUUUUCUCUUUCUUUCUUUAGCUUUACCAUUUUCUCUCACUUUUAUUUUCUUUCUUUCUUUCUUUCUUUCUUUCUUUCUUUCUUUCUUUCUUUCUUUCUUUCGCUUUACCCUUUUCUCUUUCUUUCUUUCUUUCUUUCUUUCUUUAGCUUUACCAUUUUCUCUCACUUUUCACUUUUAUUUUCUUUCUUUCUUUCUUUCUUUGCCUUUACCUUAUUCUUUGCCUUUUCACUUUCUUUCUUUCUUUUCCUUUCUUAUUUUCUUCUUUCCGUUUUCACUUUUUCUUUCUUUCUUUCUUUCUUUCUUUCUUUCUUUCUUUCUUUCUUUCUACUUAUGUAUGGAAAUGUAUCUUCAUUAUUGA